AGCUCCGAGGUUAUGUUAUUUAUCGGACAGUUUUCGAGCAAGAAAUCACUCGGCAAAAUAUAAAUCAAUUGUGUCGACAUCAUGUUCCUAAGACGGGCUGCAUUUCAUAUUCAAUCCCGGUUGAUGCCUUGUUUCAGUACGGCAGCUGAAACAGUUAGUCAAUCCGAAAAUUUCCGGUCUGAAAACAACCCAUCCAAUCAAAGACCUCACGAAGUUGGUCGAUAUUAUAGGCUCGAUCCGAAUUUAAAGAAGCAGCUCUUCGCUCUUGGUGGGUUUCCAAAGGCCUACGAGAAACAAGCCAAAACAUUUGGCGAAACAUGUGUGAUGAUCCGCAAUCCAGCUCUGGAAGUGAUCAAUUACAUCAAGUCUUCGGAUCUAAAUCGUCCAACCAUUCGGUAUGUGCUCUACGGCGAUAAUGGAGUCGGGAAAUCGAUGACAUUGGCGCAUAUCUUACACUAUGGUCAUGAAAACGACUUCAUAUUGGUGCAUGUACCGUGGGUACCAAAUUGGUACAAAAAACCCAAAGAGAAGGCUUCCUCGCAAACACACGAAAAUUGUUACGACCUUCCCAUCGAUGCGGCGUCAUGGCUGAUACAUUUCAAGUCACAAAAUGCCAAGUUACUGCAGAAGCUGGAUUUGAAAUGUAGCAAGGACUACGUUUGGAGUAAGAGAGAAGUAACAGCGGCCGGUGCACCGUUGAUUGAAUUGAUAGAACAUGGCAUAGCUCGCAUUAAGUUCGCCUGCGAUAUAAUCGCUGUACUGUUGGAGGAACUAAAGGAACAGUCAGCACAGGGCAAGUGUAAAACAAUGGUCGGUAUUGACGGUUACAAUGCAUUUUUCUGGCCGAAAACGUAUAUGCACGGCGAGACAAGAGCGCAUAAGAUAACAACUGAUCAAAUCACGUUGACAAGGCCAUUCUUAAAUAUUACCAAUUACGAUUGGACGAAUGGUGUCUGUGUUUUGGUUGUAGAUAAAAUUGCAUUAACUGACGACAUAGAACCGGCAUCGGAGCUACCAAGAUAUUUGCUGACAGAGAAAGGUUUUGAGCAUCUCGACCCAUUCGUUCCAAUUCAUGUCGACAAGUAUUCCGAAUUAGAAUUUAAACGAUGCAUCGAAUAUUACCUGGAUAGACGGUGGAUACAGAAUCGUAGCGAUAGAUUCGACGAAGAAGUGAAAUUCGUUAGUGGAAUGAAUCCGUAUGCUUUAAUGCAAAGAUGUGCACCGCUGUAGAAUACUGAAUCAUUAAAUUAGUUUACGUUUUA